GUCGCCUCGGAGCCUUCCUCUGCCCGCACUCCUCCUCCUCCUCCUCCUCACCGCCGGCACCGCAGCGCGAUGGCACGGCACGGCGCCGGGCAGCUCCUGCUGCUGGGGCUCAUGCCAGCUCUCCUCCUGGCCGUAAGGAUCAACAGCAAAGGCCGUGAGGUGCUGUACUUGGCCAAGGGCGACUCAGUGAAGCUGGGCUGUCCCUACGUCCUCGAGCCCGAGGACAACGGUCCCCAGGGCGUGGGCAUCGAGUGGAUCCAGAUCACGCCCGAGCGCACCGGCCCCGAGAAUGUGUUCCUUUCCUACUACGACCACCACGUCAACUACGGCAGCGGUUCGGGGCUGCAGGACCGCGUGGCCUUCGUGCAGAACGACCCCGGGCAGCACGACGCCUCCAUCCGCCUGGCAGACCUGCAGGUCUCCGACACUGGCACCUAUCAGUGCCGUGUCAAGAAGAACACCGUGGCCGUGCACGAAGUCAUCGUCACCGUGCAAGAGAAGCCGGCCGUCCCGCAGUGCUGGAUCGAAGGGGAUCAGCUGCAUGGCGGCAGCGUUCUGCUGCGCUGCUACAGCCGAGGAGGGGCCGCACCGCUCGCCUACCAAUGGGCCAAACUGGCAGAUGGAUACGGAGGAGGACGGCUGCCCCAAGGAACCAUCCAAGGCCGCGCUCCCGGUGAUCUCCUGAUCCGCAGUGUGUCGGAGGCCCACGCCGGCGUCUACCAAUGCCGCGUCACCAACCGCGUGGGCUACGCCACGUGUCAGCUCACACUCAGCCCCGCGCAGAGGGGCGGCCGCCAGGCGGGCGUCAUCGUGGGCUCCGUGUUGGGCUCACUGCUGCUGCUCAGCCUCCUGGGGCUGCUCAUCGGGGCUCUGCUGUGCCGCUACCGCAGGAAGGAGUGCCAGAGGACCUGCAGCGAGUGCAGGAGCAGCACGGGGGGCACCAUGACUCGCACCUGCAACGUCUGCGCCCACCCCUACUCCCCCCACGGCAUCAGCUACAUGCAGUGCCAACACGGCGACGGCGACGAACGCGCGGCCGCGCUGCUCUGCAACGAAGGCAUCCGGCACCAGGUGGCCUGCCCUGCUCUGUAACCCCCCGCCGGGGGUCCCGGCCCCCCCUCCGUGGGUUCUCCACGCAAAUCGAAGCCAAAGAUUCACCUCUUCCCCCACCUCAACCCCCGACGCGCUCUCGGGUUCGCCGUUGGCUUUUGGGGGGUUGAGUCGUUAUUAUUGCGAUCGUUUUGCUUUUGGGGCCGUUUUUUAUCGCCGUUCCGGCGCUAUUUAUUUCUUUCUGAUGUUGCGCCCCCCCCCCCUCCCCCCCCCCAUCCCCCCCACUGCCCGGUGCCGCCCCCCCCCCUCCCCCCCCCCCACGAUUGGCCGCAGCGAUUCGGUGUUGGUUGGAGACGCCGUCGGCACCGGGAACCGCAGCCGGGAAUGGCAAAGAAAGAGAGACAAAUAAAGGGAAGGGAUCACAAAAAGGAAAUAAACCCAAAGUGAACGAA